UGUUUUUUUCCAUAUGUUUUUGUUUGUUUUGUUUUGUUUUUGUUUUGUUUUCCAUUUUUCGUACGUGUGUCUGUGAUGAAGGGACGUAAAAUGGUGGACAUGACGUCACUUCCUCCUUCAGCCCAGUUGAACUUCCGGCCUCUGAAUAGUCGGCGGUAAACCGGCUCUGUUCGGUGCAAAACCGGGAUUGUUUGGUGUGAUGGAUCUGCAGGUGGAUGUUCUGGAGUUCCGGGUUCCUGUGGAGAACAAUAAGACUGUGUUUGUGUGGAACAUCGAUCCGGGUCGAGCUGUGGAUCAGAUCUAUUCCGCUCUCUGGUCCGUCUUCUCGGCCUUUGGUCCCGUCUACCUGCUGAAGGUGUGUCCAAAUGCCCCUCUGGCUCCGCCCGGUUUCUACGCCCUGGUUAAGUUUUAUUCGUGCGCGCAAGCGUUGGAGGCUCAGCGGCGGACGGACGGACAGACGCUGUUCCAGAACACCCCUGUGAAGGUGAGACUGAGCUCCAAACAGACGCCUCACUUCCUGUUGAACAACAGCCCACCUCUAAGCCACGCCCGCUGCCUGGAACUGGCCAGUCACUGCCUGGGAUUCAAUGGCUGGACCUCAGACGUCGUCACGAUAAAGGAGCUCACCAACGAAGAAGAAGAGGAGGGGGAGGAGGAGGGCGGAGUCAGACGGAGGAGGCUGAGGUUUGGAUGUUUGGUGGAGCUGAACUUCCCUCAUCACGGACGCACAACGAAAGGAGCCGCCGUGGUGGAGGACAGCUUCACCUGCACAGGUCGUCCAGAGGUUCUGUUACAGAAACGCUGUAAACUGAUGAAACUGGUGAAAGACAAAGCUCUGGUCCAGGCCUUCAGCACAGUACUACUGAUACUACUAGGAAACAGUAAAGUGAUGGUGGAGCUGAAACAGACCUCAGAUCAGCUGGAAGCAGAAGACAACCAGCAGGUUCUUCAGGUCAAUGAGUUUUCCUGGACGGAGUUUCCUCAUGAUGAUGAUGAUGAUGAUGAUGAUGAUGAUGAUGAAGGCUGGCCGUUGGAUCUGACCGUUUCCUAAAAACACAGACGCUCACAGGUUUGUGUGAUGAACCACGUCACUGGGGCCGAUGCAGAGUUUCCGUGUGAUUGCGUGAUUUCCUACAGGACUUGAACACCUCUUCAGUGGUUUAUGAUCUGAUGAUGAGCAGGAGGCGUUCAGGUUCACGUCCAAACCGGGAAAAUGCCCAACUGUGACUGGUCUUAGUGUUUAGACGCUGUUGUGUAACAUGUUGGUCCAGUUGUUGUCAUGUUUGUUGGGGUUUACUCAGCUGAUGUUUUUAUCGUCAGUGUUUUUUAAUCAUUAAAGAGUCGUUUAUGUCGCUGUCAAAGUCACGGUGAUCAAUGGGAACUAGACAAAUGCAGUUUGGACAAACUAAACCCACUUUCUAUCUGUGGUGGUUGGGCCUUGAAUGCACCGUCAGCUCCUUCACCCUCUGCUAUCACAUAUGUCCUUUAAUCACCUACAGCCCAUAAUAUGCACAGAGUUGUACUAAUGUCGGAAUGUUUGUAACUUUAACGCAUUUUAUUGUUUUUCAUCAACUUAAAAAAUAAACCAAAAUAUUCAAUAUUGUCAUGUUUUAUCUUUUUAAAUGUUUGUAAUGGAAACAAAACGUAUGUUUGAUGAAAAAAAAGAAAAACAAACAGACCAAAAAAACCUUCUUUUUCCCCCAGUAUUCUACUUAUAAAACACCUGAUGGUUCUUCUAACCGUUUAAAUCCUAAUGAUCAUUAAACUGUUGAAUUCCCAGCGUUUGAAAAGCUCCUGGUGAUCGUGUUCAUUUCCUGGAGAAGCAGCAGAACUCCAGACGCACACGUUCAUCCAUGAAGACGUGGACCAGGCACAUGUGGUUGGUAGAUGGCUUCCAGAACCAGGACCAAGGUUCUGUGGGUUCCACUGGUUCCAUCUGUCAGACCACAGCUAGUCUGUCAAUCUAACCCAGGGGUGUCAAACAUAUGGCCCGGGGGCUAAAUGUGGCCCAUCAAAGGUUCAAAUCUGGACCGUAGGAUGAAUUAGCAAAGUGCAAAAAUUUUAUUUAUUUUAUUUAAAAAUUCCACAGUCUUGAAUUGAAUUAAGCAAAAAAAAAAAAAAAA